AUGGGUUUGGUUAUUGUUUGUGGUGGCGUGACGGUGGCGUGUCCGUGGGCGGGCGUGGGCGGGCGAGAACCAGGUGUGACUCAAGGGGAAACAGGUGUGACUCAAGGGGAACCAGGUGUUACUCAAGGGGAACCAGGUGUGACUCAAGGGGAACCAGGUGUGACUCAAGGGGAACCAGGUGUGACUCAAGGAGAACCAGGUGUGACUCAAGGAGAACCAGGUGUUACUCAAGCUGAACCAGGUGUGACUCAAGGAGAACCAGGUGUGACUCAAGGAGAACCAGGUGUGACUCAAGGAGAACCAGGUGUGACUCAAGGAGAACCAGGUGUGACUCAAGGAGAACCAGGUGUGACUCAAGGAGAACCAGGUGUGACUCAAGGAGAACCAGGUGUGACUCAAGCUGAACCAGGUGUGACUCAAGGAGAACCAGGUGUGACUCAAGGAGAACCAGGUGUGACUCAAGGAGAACCAGGUGUGACUCAAGGAGAACCAGGUGUGACUCAAGGAGAACCAGGUGUUACUCAAGCUGAACCAGGUGUGACUCAAGGAGAACCAGGUGUGACUCAAGGAGAACCAGGUGUGACUCAAGGAGAACCAGGUGUGACUCAAGGAGAACCAGGUGUGACUCAAGGAGAACCAGGUGUGACUCAAGGAGAACCAGGUGUGACUCAAGGAGAACCAGGUGUGACUCAAGGAGAACCAGGUGUGACUCAAGGAGAACCAGGUGUUACUCAAGCUGAACCAGGUGUGACUCAAGGAGAACCAGGUGUGACUCAAGGAGAAUCAGGUGUGACUCAAGGAGAACCAGGUGUGACUCAAGGAGAACCAGGUGUGACUCAAGGAGAACCAGGUGUGACUCAAGGAGAACCAGGUGUGACUCAAGGAGAACCAGGUGUGACUCAAGGAGAACCAGGUGUGACUCAAGGAGAACCAGGUGUUACUCAAGCUGAACCAGGUGUGACUCAAGGAGAACCAGGUGUGACUCAAGCUGAACCAGGUGUGACUCAAGGAGAACCAGGUGUGACUCAAGCUGAACCAGGUGUGACUCAAGGAGAACCAGGUGUUACUCAAGGAGAACCAGGUGUGACUCAAGCUGAACCAGGUGUGACUCAAGGAGAACCAGGUGUGACUCAAGCUGAACCAGGUGUUACUCAAGGAGAACCAGGUGUGACUCAAGGAGAACCAGGUGUGACUUAA